AAUCCGCCAUUGUUGUUGUUCCUCUGAGCUUUUUUUUUCUUCUCUCACCACUCACCGCCGCCGCCGCAGCCGCCGUCCAUGGAAAUUUCUUGACCUACCACAUAUAAUAUAAAAAGCAAAUACUCUACCAGUACUAGUAAAAUUACUCCACCAUGGUUUCGAUAGAAGAUUCUCGCUCCCACUCACACUCAAACCCCAAUAUUAGCUACAACCAAACACGGCCUUACUACUACUACACUCCGCCGCCGUCCUCCGCCAAAAUAAGCCGCUCGAUGGGGAGGUCCAUGCGCACAAUCCGGUCCAACAUCUUCAGCGCCGAUAACUCCGGUCCAAUCCGAGAGGUAUCCCCAAAUGUUUCAGAGAAUCUUACGGAUUCGGUUAUCGACAUCCGAUUGGGGGAGCUCGCGAAUAAAUCGUCUGGUAAUUCGAAAAGUCCGUCGUCCUCCGAUUUAGAUGAUAUAUUGGAUAUCUCACAAGCAUUCAGUGAUUUCUCGGCGUGCUCCAGCGAUAUUUCCGGGGAGCUCCAGCGGCUCUCCAGUCUCCCCGAUCCCGGCGUGAGUCAGGCCACCAGCUCCGAUCCCGAGCCGGAGCCUUGUUCCGGUUUCCUACAGAGGGAAACGUUCUCGACGGAGAUCAUCGAGAGCAUCUCGCCGGAAGACCUUCAGCCUACCGUGAAACUCUGCGUCGACGGGCUGCAAUCGUCGUCAAUUGCUGUGAAAAGGUCGGCGGCGGCGAAGCUGCGGCUGUUGGCUAAGAAUCGAGCCGACAAUCGUGCCCUAAUUGGAGAAUCCGGUGCCGUACCCGCUCUGAUUCCGCUUCUCCGCUGCUCCGACCCGAUGACCCAGGAGAACGCCGUCACGGCGCUACUGAAUCUCUCCCUCCUCGAGAGCAACAAACGCGUGAUAACACACGCCGGCGCUAUCAAAUCCUUGAUCUACGUUUUGAAAACGGGAACCGAGACUUCGAAGCAGAACGCCGCGUGCGCGCUGCUGAGCUUGGCUCUGGUGGACGAGUACAAGCUGUCGAUCGGCGCCUCCGGCGCGAUACCCCCGCUGGUGGCGUUGCUGAUAAACGGGUCCAGCAGAGGGAAAAAGGACGCUCUGACAACGCUGUACAAGUUGUGCUCGGUGAAGCUGAAUAAGGAGAGAGCGGUGGCUGCCGGUGUGGUGAGGCCGCUGGUGGAGCUUGUGUCGGAGCAAGGGGCCGGAUUGACGGAGAAGGCCAUGGUGGUGCUGAGCAGCUUGGCCUCGGCGGAGAUCGGACGGGAGGCAAUCGUGGAGGAAGGCGGGAUCGCGGCGUUGGUGGAGGCGAUUGAGGAUGCGAGUGACAAAGGGAAGGAGUUUGCUGUUCUGACAUUGCUGCAGCUGUGCGUGGACUGUGUUAGGAACAGGGGAUUGCUUGUCAGGGAAGGCGGAAUUCCGCCAUUGGUGUCCUUAUCGCAGACUGGAACAGCCAAAGCUAAGCACAAGGCUGAAACUCUUCUUGGCUACUUGAGAGAACCCAGACAGGAAGCUUCAUCUUCUUCAACUCCAUAAACAAUUAGAGGGAGGAGGUAUCAUAAUAUUAUAUUAUAUAUAUUAAUUGUAUUUCCCUUGUUUUGUUUUUUGGCUUGCUUUGCUGUUGGCUGUAUAUAGCAAGUGUUUUUGAUUUGUUCUUUGUACAGAGUGUUUUCAAGUAAUUUUGAGAGUUUAAAUAUUCUAAACAAAAAUUAGGGGAUAAGUAUGUAGAAGCUACUAGUAGCUAACUAGUGCUGACGGAGCUAAUUAACAAGUCGUAACUGUGGGUUAUGCUGUUGUUGACUUGUCUUUUUUUUUUCUGUUUUGGGUUUAUUAUCUAUCACCCCCUUGGUUUUUUUUGGGGAGAUGAGAAUCUGUGUGUGAAGGUUUUGCUAAUUGUUUGAUUCAGACACAAACUCAAAAAAGUUUAGAAUGCUUUUAUUUUAUUUGGUUUGUAAUAUUAUCACCUAUAUACUCCAUCUUUCUGUAAAGUUUUGUGCUUUAUCUUUAA